CUCACUUUUCAUUGCUGUCUGCUAACGCGGUUGUUUUGAAUGGUAUUCCGUCAAGGUCUGCAAAAAUGUCUCUCGCUGGUCUGAGGAAGCAAAUCAACAAAGCUAAUCAGUUUAUGAGUGAGAAGAUUGGAGGAGCAGAGGGUACAAAACUAGAUGAUGAAUAUAUUGAAAUUGAAAAAGCAAGUUUUGAUUAUAUGUUUAAUUCUUAAAUCUAUCAUUUAGAAAGUUGAUACAAUUUCUAAAUUAUUUGAAGAUGUCAUAGCACAAACACAAGAAUAUCUACAACCAAAUCCAGCCUAUCGUGCCAAAUUAAUGACAAUGAAUACAUUGAACAAGUUACAAGGGAAAUCAAAAUGUGCAGCUUAUCCUCAACCUGAAAAUCAACUAGGUGAAUGUAUGGUAAAAUUUGGUCGCGAUUUAGGUCCUGAUUCGUGUUAUGGUCAAUGUCUUGUAGAAGCUGGUGAAACAUUUAAAUGUUUAGCAAAUAUUAAAUACACUAUGGAAGAACAUGUGAAAGAGAAUUUUCUAGAUCCUCUACAUAGUGUACAAACACAUGAAUUAAAAGAGAUCAAUUAUCAUCGUAAAAAACUCGAAGGACGAAGAUUAGAUUUUGAUUGUAAAAAACGAAAACAGGAUCGAAGUGCAAACAAUUCAAGAUUGCCUGAAGAUGAAGUUAAAAUUGCUGAAGAAAAAUUCAAUGAAUCAAAAGUAUUAGCUGAACAAGCAAUGAUUAAUUUUUUGAAUAGUGAAACUGACCAUAUGCAGUCAUUAUUAGAAUUUGCAACAUCACAAGCGGAUUAUCAUCGUCAAGCUGCAGAGAUUAUGGAACAAUUGAGGAAAUUUUUAAUUGAAAAGAAAGAAGAAACAAUGUCAAAACCACAUAAAGUAUACGAAGUGAAACGUGUAAAUGUCACAUUAAAUCAUGAUAUAUCAGGGAGCAAGAGUCCAUUAAAUAGUACUUUAAAUACUCCAACUAAAAACGGUCCAAGUUCUCAUACAACAAAGAAUGUACCUGUUUUAGGACCAUCUUGUAAAGCAUUAUUUGAUUUUGAAGCAGAAAAUGAAUCGGAAUUAUCAUUCUCUGAAGGUGAUAUAAUUAGUUUAAUAUUAAGAGUUGAUGAAAAUUGGUUUGAAGGUGAAUUAAAUGGUCGUAAAGGUUAUUUUCCAGUGAAUUAUGUUGAAGUGAUUAAUCCAUUACCAUCAUAGAAAUCAAUUGUUUUCCUGAUUCUUCGUCUUCUUCUUCUUGUCGUUGUUGUGUAUGUGUUAGUAUCUUGUAAGCAAAAAAUGUCAAUGUAUUAUGACCUAAACAUUGUGGCAAUGAAAGAUAGUCUAUAUUUCCUCAUAUUCAACAAUAUGUACACAUAUAACAACACUUAUGAUGAUGAUAAUAAUAACAGCAAAAGUACAAAUACAAAGAUAUCUAUCAUUAUUCGACCAAUUAUACUUAUAUUCAAUAUACUAUAGAUUAAAAGCAUUCGUCAACUACACUAGUAAAGUUAACAACUUGAUGGAGACAAACACCAUCACAUCAUCAUACAUUAUUGUUUAUAAUCUCUUAUUUAUUUAUUAUUUAAUUCUAUCACAGAUAUACAAAUGACAUGCAAUAAAAGCCGGUAAAUUAUCAUUUAUUAUAAUUAUUAUUGUCGUUUUAUUGCUUUAUUCUUCUACCUACCUACCUACCUUAUAUUUCUUUUCACUUUUCUUUCAUACAUUACCAUUUAAGACAAUGAGUAUUGUGUAUUCAAUGAACAGGAUAUUACUAAUAUUAUGAGUAGUAGUAGUAGUAGUAGCCUUGUCAAUAUUAAUCUUCGCAAGUGUCUCUAUCUACUAUCUAUCUAUCUAUUUAAUACAUAACCAAACAGACACAUAUUCUACGCUUAUAUUUUAUUCUUAAUAUGAACGAUAUUAUAGCAUAUUUCUUUUUCUUUUUCUUGUUGUUGUUGUUGACAACUUACUUCAUUGUUUAAUUUUAAGAUGAACCAACUUUUCCUCUUCUAGAUAUUCUAUUCAACCAAUAUAUAUAUGCAUAUAUUGUUCAAAUUGAUCAUAAUUACAAAAUUUAAAAGAAAAAACCCAAUUCCUAUGAUCCACAUUUAUACAUAUAUAUAUUUGUUUAUUUUGAUAAUAUCUAUGCUUAUUUGUUUGCUUGUUUAUUUCUGUUUGUAUGUAUGUAUGUAUGUAUGUAUGUAUGUAUGUAUGUAUGUAUGUAUGUAUGUAUGUAUGUAUGUAUGUAUGUAUGUAUGUAUGUAUGUAUGUAUGUAUGUAUGUAUGAAUAUUACUCUUUUUCUCGUAACAUUCCAUUUGGUUUCCCUUUCUCUCUCUCUCUCUCUCUCUUACUCCUUUGGUCCUUCAUCUUGUUUCCUGAUUCAUUUUAAUUUAAUGACCAAAUGUAAUAAAUGAAUAAUAAUAAUAAUAAUAAUAAUAAUAAUAAUAAUAAUAAUAAGAUUAUUCA